GCCACAGGGUUAAUAGAAUGCUAGCUUUUGUAAAGCUUUCGUUCGUGGUGUCAAAGUCAUAAUACAUGAUAACACUCAAUAACAAUAAAAUAACAAGUUGAAACCAGCUUUUUAAUACGGCAACUUUUUUUAUAUUAUUUUCACAUUUUGGAUUUCCAUUUGUGUCCUUCAUUUUUCUUACUAAAAACCCUUAUUAUGGAAGAAAGAAAUUUAGAUCAAGAAGAGCGUAAGAAGAGUGUAAGCUCUUUUUCAUCUGACGAUGACUAUAAUGAAUCACUAGGGGAUUCUGAUGAUGCUGAUGAUAUCAGUGAGGAGGAGUCUGACAAUGAGGAAUCGGACAGUUUGUCUCAGGAAACAGAUCUGCAGAGUCCACUGACUAAAUUCUUGGAGGACAUUCAAAAUGGGGUUGAUACUAGAGAGUCAGUGCGAAGAAGAGAAAUUGAUGAUGUUUGCAAAAUUAGACUGGAAUUACUGGGACAAUAUUUAAGGUCUAGCCAUGAAAAAUUUGAAGAUCUCCUGAGAGGCUGGUCAUUGGCUAAAGAGAAAGUAAGUAGUCCCCAGGAGCUACGACUAGCUUUGAGAAGUCAGCAGCAGCUGGUGGUGCAGCUAUUAGAAGAAAAAAAGAAAAUCAUAAAUGAUCUUCAGUGGGACCUGAUGCUUGCAGGUGAUCACUUUGUCAAAGACCUUAUGACACAGACAGAGGAAAGGGACCAAAUGAUGGAAAAGAUGGAUGAUCAGAUUAGAAAUCUGAUCGAAAGGUACAGAAGCAAUCUCACCAACACUGAGAAUAGUAACCAGGAGAACAAUGCAACCAUACAUGCAACAGCUCGGCAGGAAUGGGAACGACAACAGAAGGAAUUCUACGCUGCAGAGCUAGAGAUGCUGACAGAAAGGAGGAAACAAGUUACCAACUAUGAUGAGAAAAUACAAUGUCUUAUACUUGAGAACAUGGAAACACAAGCCAUGGUCAAGAUAGAGCAGGAUGCAAACCUGCAGCUACUGGUGAGAGAGCAUCAAAAAAUACGUGCUAGCUAUACAAUGACCAGUCUUAAAAAGACAAAUGAAAGGUAUGAUUUGGAGGCCCAUCAGAAUACGAGGAUUGCCGGUUUACAGACUGAGAAUGAUGACCAAAGCCAUGACCCAGAACAAGCCAAUCAGACGGUCAAGAGGAUUAGGUAUUUGUCGAAAAACUAUCAAUAUAACAUUAAACAAUAUGAGCAUCUACAGGGAAAAACAAAAAACAUUGCAGUGGCUGAUGAAAAGACAUAUGAGGAAAUGGUGGAAACUGUAGAAGAAGAGGUCAAACAAUUAGUUGACAAGGCUUUAGAAAUUGACUCACUUAUAUGCAAGUGGUACCAAGGCAUACCUUGGAAACGACCCGUGGUGGCCUUCACAGAAAUCCCAGAUGAGACACUUGAAAAAGUGAGGGAGAUGCUGUUGGAUGAAGCAGGCAUUUUAGUCGACGAAGACAUGGAUGAGGAUGAGAAGUGGGAGUCUCUACUUACAACUUGUUGCAUCAGUGAAAUGGAUUUGCCUAAGGUGGCCAACUAUUUCAUAAAAUAUAGCCAAAGAGAAGCAGGAGAACUGUGUGGUCCACUUGGUAAAUCUUGUGCCAAAACAGCAGCAGCAUUGGGAACCAGGUCUACAUCUUUCCUGACGGCAGACCUUAUCAAUCCUAAUUAUAUCCUGCCUGCUCUUAAAAGUUUUAUCAAGCAAGAUGUGACCUAUCUAGUGAUCAUGGGUCAACAAGCAAGGGACAAAGAGUUUUGGGAAAGUUUGGGCAACAUUGUCUGUGAAGAGAAAGUCAAACUCUGGGAAGAAAUAGAAAGGACUUUAAAGCAGUACCUUGAGGUCCUUAAGGAGGUUUACAAGCUUACUCCUGAGGUUGACAUUCUGAGGCGGCAGAACACAGAGCUAAGGAUGCAGCUUCAAAAAUCUCCCAGCAUCAGGAGCAACUCAGAAAUAAUGAAGUAAUGAAAAAUCACAUUGUUUACGACAAACAAAUAAUUAUAUAAAUAUAUUUGUGGCUUGAACACAGCGAUUUUAGUUAGCAUUGAAAACAGAAAACCUAACUAUCCAUGUAUUCUCUAAGUAUUUUUAUUUGUUUUUAUCCUAAAACAUUUAGGUUAAACAUUAGGUCAGUUGAAUACUUGACUAUAGCAGUAGUC